GAUUUUCCCAGAGACAGGGUGGAUGUGGAUCGCGAGUGAAAGAGAGACCACCAUGGGAACCAGCGAAAGAGCUCCAAAGCUACAGCGUGAACGGACUUUGAAGUGGAGUACCGUCAUCCAUUCAGAAGGUAGACCCAAGAAGAUUCAGAAGCAGGGUCGAGCCAAGCACAGCCGGUGUAACCGCCAGGCAGGCCAGGCCCAUGACGAGGUCUCAGAGCUUCGAUAUAACACGCUGCUAUCAAUCGGACAGCGGAUAUUGGUUCAUAUUCGACAGCAUAGGCAAGAAGCCCAGCCUCCGGUGCGUAAUGGCCGGGCGAAUGUUUCACUUCCUUCACCAGAGACGUAUGAUAAGAAAAGCAUGAGAGAGGAGGUCGGGGGUGCUGGGCUCGCGGCGCUCGCGGCUGGCCAAGAUAAAUCUAAGACAUUUCGAUGGUGA